AAAUGAAAUGGGCAGUUAUUUUGGUAAUGGGCUGAGAGUCUGGGGGAGGUGGCUCAGCUCUCGAGAAACAAGAUGAAAUUGUAGUCUGCUUUCCCUUUCGUUUCCGUAGAUUUUUAUAUAUAAGCACACGCACAAAACGCAGAGCGGCAGAGAGGUUUGGGGAGCAUCAAAUGGGGAGGGCUUUCGUGUACGUAAUUAUUGGAGGAGGAGUUGCAGCUGGCUAUGCCGCCCAUGAAUUUGUUAAGAGGGGCGUCUCUCACGGCGAACUCUGUAUAAUCUCUGAAGAGCCUGUUGCACCCUAUGAAAGGCCUGCAUUGAGCAAAGGUUACUUACUUCCAGAAGGUAUUUAUUCCCUCAGCAUAACAGAGCAGUUAUUUCAGUCUCCUUCACGAGUACCAAUGAGGAAAGACUGCCUCCAAAAUGGUACAAGGAAAAUGGUAAGUUUCUCUAAUGUAGCAAUUAAAGAGGCUGUUGUUACAGGUAUUGAGUUAAUUCUUAGCACUAGAGUCAAAUCUGCUGAUGUUAGGCGGAAGACACUGCUAACUGCAACAGGAGAAACCAUAAGCUACAAAUAUCUCAUAGUUGCAACAGGUGCUCGGAAUGCCAUAUUUGAUGCUGGGCCAAGAAGAUAUGUAUUUUGUUCGUUUUCUUUUAUUGUGUUGGAAGUGGCAUUGAGGCUUGAAGAGUUCGGAGUUAAUGGAUUAGAUGCAGCUAAUGUGUGCUAUCUGCGAGACUUGGCUGAUGCAGACAGACUUGUGAAUGUGAUGCAAUCCUGUAGUGGUGGAAAUGCUGUUGUUAUUGGUGGAGGCUAUAUAGGAAUGGAAUGUGCUGCAUCGUUGGUGAUUAACAAAUUGAAUGUGACAAUGGUUUUCCCUGAGGCGCAAUGUAUGGCCCGCUUAUUUACCCCUAAGAUUGCUAGUUAUUACGAAGAAUUUUAUCAGUCCAAAGGGGUGAAGUUUGUGAAAGGAACCGUUCUGACAUCAUUCGAUUUUAGCUCGGACGGAAAGGUCACCGCGGUCAACCUCCGUGACGGCUCGAAACUCCCGGCCGACAUGGUGGUGGUCGGCAUCGGCAUCCGUCCCAACACGAGCCUCUUCGAGGGACAACUCACCAUGGAGAAAGGUGGCAUAAAGGUGAACGGCAAGAUGCAAUCGAGCAACCCCUCCGUCUACGCCAUCGGCGACGUGGCAUCCUUCCCCGUCCUCACCGUCGGCGGCGAGACUCGCCGCCUCGAGCACGUCGACUCCGCCCGCCGCUCGGCCCGCCACGUCGUGGCCUCCGUGACGGACGGCCCGGAGAUUUCACCCGACUUCGACUACCUGCCCUUCUUCUACUCGCGCGUCUUCACCCUGUCGUGGCAGUUCUACGGGGACAACGCUGGGGAGGCGGUGCACUUCGGGGACUUCUUUGCGGGGCCCACGCUGGGGGCGUACUGGGUGAACAAGGGGAGGGUGGUGGGGUCGUUUUUGGAAGGGGGGACCAAGGAGCAGUAUGAGGCGGUGGCGAGGGUGGCGAGGGUGAGGCCGAGGGUGGAGGAUGUUGGGGAGCUCCAGAGGCGGGGAUUGGAUGGAGAUUUGGACUAUAUGGGUCGGACGAUUGGUGAUGGGCUAAUGUUUUGUUGGGAAAAGCUGUGGGUAAAUGUUAAGAGUGGUGGUUGA